UUCUCAAUGUGUCUCUCCAAACAUUACUAAUAUCUCUCUUCUUCUUCUCUCACGAUUAAUUGUUAACCAUAUGGAUCCACCUGUCGCCUCAUCCUCCGUAUUCAGGUGGUCUCGGAGUCGCCGGAAGAUUCAUAUUCGCCGUCGUAAGACACAGGUGGUGCGUCUUGGUGGGAAGAACAGUGUGGUGUCACGUGGUGGAUUCUCGUUGAAGAAGAUGGUGAGGAGGAUGAAGCUGAGAUGGUUGAGACUUCAUUACGUGAGACUUGUGAAGAAGAUCAAAGGGUUUUAUUGUAAUUUGGUGAAAGAGUUCGUAGACGCAGGAGUUGAGCUUGAAGCGAUUCAGACGCAAAUGGCGGUUGAAGCGGCAGCGUUUGCGGUUCCCGGUCUAGGUCUCUCUUUCUCCUCUCUAUCAGCCCAUGACCGAGCACGGUAUUUUCUUGCAUAGUCAUAUAAAAUCGUAUUCAUUAAAUAAUUAUAAUCUUCGUAACAUUUAUUACGUUUGUUGUUGUAUCUUAAUAAAUAUUUUAUUUUGUUGUGAAUUUCGUUAUCUUUUGGAAUCAUGAGUAUGAGAAG